CAACCUUAUUUUGUACGCUCACGACAGAAACUCAUCCAUCAAGUCCCCGCCGUCGACGACAAUGCCUUCCCAAAAGACUUUCCGCACAAAACGAAUUCUCGCAAAGGCUGGGAGGCAAAACAGGCCCAUCCCCCAGUGGUUCCGUCUUAAGUCGGACACCAAAAUCCAAUACAACGCCAAGCGCCGUCACUGGCGCAGGACCAAGCUGAACAUCUAGAGAAGUGCUCGGCUUUGGGACUAUUUCAAUUUCUGGUUGCUGUAUUACCACGCAGGCCGACAGAGGAGAGGCCGAGGUGCCAUUUAUGGACACACCCAUGUUCUUCUCAUUUUGAGCUAUGCCACACACAUCCAUCCAUGAACAUGACGAUUUCCUCACCAA